ACUCUUCCACAGAUUCAUCCACAGCUACAGUAAGCCAAAGGAACCAAUAAAUCGAUUGAUCAGCAGAAUCCCUCCCUCAGCUUCACAUUUCUUUUUGGUUCGAUUUCUCAAAAAUCGCUUCUCCUUCAUGUUAAUCUGACUCUUAGAUCUAAAUCUUUCAUUUCGUAGUUGACGCCUCCACCACCAUCAUCAGCAGAAGCGUCAAUCAAUGGAGUCGAUACUGGCACGUGCGUUAGAGUACACGCUCAAGUACUGGCUCAAAUCUUUCUCUAGAGAUCAGUUUAAGCUUCAUGGAAGGACCGUACAACUUUCUAAUUUAGAAUUAAAUGGAGACGCUUUGCACGCGAGUAUGGGAUUGCCGCCGGCGCUGAAUGUAACAAAGGCGAAAGUAGGCAAAUUCGAGAUAAUUCUUCCGUAUGUAAGUAAUGUACAAGUAGAACCGAUUGUAAUCCAGAUUGAUAAGCUGGAUUUGGUUUUAGAGGAGAAUAGUGAAUCAGAUGCAAGCAGCGGUCCGAACAGUGCGCAUUCGUCUAGCAGUUCUAGCAAAGGUAGCGGAUAUGGAUUUGCUGAUAAGAUCGCGGAUGGAAUGACCAUCCAGGUUUCCACUGUUAAUCUUCUACUUGAAACACGUGGGGGUGCUCAACAUGGGGGAGGGGCUACCUGGGCUUCACCACUGGCAUCAAUUACUAUACGCAACCUUUUAUUAUAUACAACAAAUGAAAACUGGCAGGUAGUAAACCUAAAGGAAGCACGCGACUUCUCCAAUAACAAAAAGUUCAUAUAUGUAUUCAAGAAACUUGAAUGGGAAUCUUUGUCUAUUGAUCUCCUGCCUCAUCCUGAUAUGUUCGCCGAUGCCAGUUUAGCAUGUGCUCAGGAGGGAGCCUCCCGGAGAGAUGAUGAUGGUGCAAAGCGAGUUUUCUUUGGUGGAGAACGUUUUCUGGAAGGAAUAUCUGGAGAGGCCUAUAUCACAAUGCAGAGAACUGAACAAAACAGUCCACUCGGGCUUGAGGUUCAAUUACACAUUCCAGAAGCCAUCUGUCCUGCAUUGAGUGAACCAGGACUACGUGCUCUUCUUCGCUUCAUGACAGGGUUAUAUGUUUGUCUUAAUAGAGGAGAUGUGGAUCUACAGUCUCAGCAGCGAUCUACAGAAGCAGCAGGGCGUUCUCUUGUCUCAAUUGUUGUGGACCACAUAUUUCUCUGCAUCAAAGAUACUGAGUUCCAGCUUGAACUUUUGAUGCAAUCUCUUCUGUUUUCUCGGGCCACAGUUUCUGAUGGAAAAAUUGCCAGUAAUCUGACUAAGGUUAUGCUUGGUGGAAUGUUCUUGAGGGAUACCUUCUCACGUCCUCCUUGCACUUUAGUGCAACCUUCCAUGCAGGCCAUCACAGAAAAUGAUGGGCAGAUUCCUGACUUUGCAAAGAAUUUUUGCCCUCCUAUAUAUCCUCUGGGAGACCACCAGUGGCAGACAAAUGUUGGUAUUCCUUUGAUAUGUCUCCACUCUCUUCAGCUCAAGCCCUCUCCAGUCCCACCAUGUUUUGCUUCGCAAACAGUUAUUGCUUGCCAGCCUCUUAUGAUUCACCUUCAGGAAGAAUCGUGUUUGAGAAUAACUUCCUUCUUAGCUGAUGGCAUUGCUGUCAAUCCUGGGGAUAUUUUACCUGAUUUUUCAGUAAAUUCUGUGGUAUUUGUCCUCAAGGAAUUAGAUGUUAUUGUUCCGUUGGAUGUGAGUCAAUCACACAAUCCAGCUGACAAUGGGAACUAUACUGUCCACAAUGCCUUUGCUGGAGCAAGGCUUCAUAUUGAAAAUUUGUUCUUCUCAGAGUCGCCAAAACUAAAACUCAGGCUACUGAACCUUGAGAAAGAUCCUGCUUGCUUUUGUCUUUGGGAUGGUCAACCAAUUGAUGCUAGCCAGAAGAAAUGGACUACUGGAGCAUCGCAUCUUACUCUAUCUCUGGAAACAUCUUCCAGCUUAAAUGGGACGCUGAAUUUGAAUGGGAUGACCUCUGGCUUAUGGAGAUGUGUUGAGCUACAAGAUGCUUCUGUGGAGGUUGCCAUGAUAUCAGCUGAUGGGGGUCCAUUAACAAAUGUUCCUCCCCCGGGUGGUACUGUCAGAGUUGGCGUUGCUUGUCAACAAUAUUUUUCCAACACUUCUGUUGAGCAGUUAUUCUUCGUCCUUGAUCUUUAUGCAUACCUUGGCAGAGUUAGUGAAACGAUUGCCUCAGUUGGUAAGAAUAGGAGACAGAAGAUAAAUAGGAAUGAAUCUUCAGGUGUUAGGCUAAUGGAUAAGGUUCCCUGUGACACUGCAGUAAGCUUAGCAGUGAAGGAACUACGACUUCGAUUUUUAGAAUCUUCCGCCUCAGAUAUUGAGGGAAUGCCUCUGGUUCAAUUUAUUGGGGAAGAUCUUUUCAUAAAAGUUGCUCAUAGAACCCUCGGCGGUGCCAUUGCCAUUUCAUCCUCUAUAUGCUGGCAGAGUGUUGAGGUGGACUGUGUAGAGACUGAGGGAAGCUUGGCAUAUGAAAAUGGCACACAAACAAGUUCUGUUGAAAAUGGAUGUCUUGUAGCUGCAAAUGGAUAUCCUCAACUAAGAGCUGUGUUUUGGGUGCAUAAUGGACACAAAUAUCAAGCAAACGGUAUUACUCGCACAAUCCCAUUUCUAGACACAAGCAUGGUGCAUGUGAUUCCAUUAAGCGAAUUGGAUCGAGAGUGCCACAGUUUAAGUGUUUCUGCCUGUAUAUCUGGUGUUCGCCUGGGUGGAGGAAUGAACUAUGCUGAAGCUCUUCUCCAUCGGUUUGGAGUAUUGGGGCCUGAUGGUGGUCCAGGUGAGGGGCUUUCUAAAGGAUUAGAAAAUUUAUCGACUGGGCCACUGUCUAAACUUUUUAAAGGGUCGCCUCUUAUUGAUAAUCUAAAAGAAGAUGCAAGUCCAGUAGAUGGAAAAGAUGGAGUCUUACACCUAGGAAUACCUGAUGAUGUGGAUGUGUGCAUAGAAUUCAAAGACUGGUUAUUUGCUCUUGAAGGUGCACAGGAGAUGACAGAUAGGUGGUGGUUUUACAAUCAUGAAGAUGUGGGGAGAGAAGAGAGGUGUUGGCAUACAUCUUUCCAAAGUUUGCUGGUAAAAGCUAAAAGUGGUCCAAAGAAAGAGCGAAAUGGAAAAGGAAAACCAAAUGGAAAACUGAAAUAUCCUGUGGAAUUAGUUACGGUUGGGGUGGAAGGCUUGCAGACAUUGAAGCCACAGGGACAAAAGGGUGUGUCUAUGCCUGCAAAUGGGAUAAAGGAAGUUGUGGAGACAUCUGGAGGAGUAAAUCUUGAAGUUUGUAUGGUGGCAUUGGAGGAAAACAUUGAUGAUGAGAUGGCCAAUUGGGCCGUGGAAAACUUGAAAUUUUCUGUUAAGCAACCGAUUGAGGCUGUUGUGACCAAAGAUGAGCUCCAGCACCUUGCUUUGUUGUGCAAGUCUGAAGUUGAUGCAAUGGGUCGGAUAGCUGCUGGCGUCCUGAAGCUACUCAAGCUUGAAGGGUCAAUUGGCCAGGCAGCCAUAGACCAACUUAGCAACCUUGGAAGUGAGGGCUUCGACAAGAUUUUCACCCCGGACAAGUUCAGAAAGGGUACUAGUCCUGCCAGUACCUCUUUCUCCCCAUCACCACAUAUUAUUAAUGAAAGCCCCCGAACAACCGUGGAAUCAACAGUAGCUUCACUCGAGGAAGCAGUUUUGGACUCACAGGCCAAAUUGGCUGCCCUUUUUACUGAUUUAUCUAGUUCAGAAUCCUCCACACAACAUCUUGCUGAUAUUAAACAACUCGGCCGGAAGCUUGAAAGCAUGCAGAGUUUGGUGAUGCAAUUACGGACCAAAAUUUAAACCAUCUCCUAUUAGUAUAGCGAUUCUUUCAUGUAUAUAUUAUAGGUAUAGAUGCAUGGUGAGUAUUGCAAUGAGGCAAAAUGGAAAAUUUUUCAUUUGUUGUAAAAUAUUUUGUAUCCUAAUAGGUGAAAGUUACCAUUUAAGUUAUGGUUUCAAAGUUUAAAUAAACAUGUUCUGUGCUUCACUUCACAAUCA